GCGCGAACGAGUUUGUUCGAAAUUCAAGUGCUUUUUUUUCGAUGUUUCUGUUAACGGCCUGUGCUAUAAAAAAAAACAGUUACGCGCGCAAAUCAUAACCUAACCGGUCGGGUUGAAAAGGUGCCGUAGAAGGUGAUCAACGAAUGCCUAAUGGAAGGCACGUCCCUGUACGAGCUGGACGCGUGUCCAGCGCAGCACAGUGGCGCCCUCGCCGCACUGCGUCUGCUGAACACUUACAACCAUCUCCUGACUCCACCUGGGCCUCAUAACGUGAUGGGCCUCCUCACGGCCCUGCCGCCGACCCCCCAGCCAGCUUACCUGCAGCCCUAUUGCCAACACGUCGCUUCCAGAAACACCCCGAUCCUGACCAGUACAAUUUGCGAGAACGAACUACGUCGGCGCGGGGAGAAACGACCCAUACCUCAGGAACUGAAAGACGAGAAAUAUUUCGAGCGGCGCAGACGCAACAACCAAGCUGCUAAGAAGUCCAGAGACGCGCGGAGAAUAAGAGAGGACCAGAUAGCCUGGCGGGCGUGUCUGCUGGAACAAGAGAACGCGUCGCUGCGCGCGCACGUGUCCGCGCUGAGACAGGAGGCGCUGGCGCUGCGCGCGCUGCUCGCCGCCAGGGAGGCGCCGCCGCCCGUGCAGCCGACACCGUCCUCUACCACCGACUGAGGUGUUAGGACCUCCUGUCAUUUCAACUAAAAUCUAUAUGGUACUACCGGUCCGUCCCGGCUUAAAACAUAAUAAAUUAUACAAACUAGGUAUACCUUCCUCAGGAUGUCUGUCUAUUGAUGAAAAUCCGUGCAGUAGUUUUUGAGUUUAUCGCGAUUGAGAGACAGCCAGACGCGGCAGAGGACUUUGCUUUAUAAUAUAUUUAGAUCAGUAUACAUAUACCUAUGUGGCGUUCCAAGCAAAAGGGUAACACUAGGCAGAUUUUAGUUCCAGAGAUAUUUGAGAUUUUGUGAAAAAAAGUUGGAAAAUUGGCAUUUUGCGAUUUUAAUUAUUACCACGCAACAUAUAUUAACAUACAAAGGGAUACGUUUUCAUACAAUAAACGUCUCUAAUUCGUGUACUCAACGUGAGAAAAUUGAAUUGUAUGUUCAGUAACUCAGCUCAGCUCGAUCUUUCAUUAAAAGUUUUUUUUUUUUGUUUGGUUAAUUAUACAUAUAUAUUUUUUUUUCCUUUCAUCAGCACUCGAUCACGAUCAUAAUAUGUUUCAGUAUACCUUUUGACCAUGUACUUCAUUGUGUACUUACAUUGUUAUAUUACUGACAAAAAAUUAUACAUAAAUUUAUAUUUAAAAUAUGGUAAGCCCUUCUGACAUGAUAGGGACCAACACUGUUUGAAUGAGUUUCUUUUGGCAUUUGCUAGUAGUUUGUAGCUUUGGUAAAUAUAAUUUGAUUCAGAAUAUGCCUGUGAAGGCUAAUUUCUGAAUAAAUGAAUUAAUGAAUGAAUUUUCUAGAGCUCUAGAUAUUAGUUUAGAAUUUCAAUGUCUGUUUCCCAACAAUUUCAUUUUUGUGUGAACUUUUACCUUUUUUUCUUUAAUACAUUUUAUUCCUUAUGAUCAACCAUUUUUUUUAUUUGACGACCUUCCAGGUUCCAUCCUCGGUCAGGUCAUGAUGGAAAAUUAUCUUUUUCUGAUUGGCCCGGGUCUUGGAUGUUUAUCUAUAUAUGUAUUUGUUGUAAAAAUAUAGUAUCGUUGAGUUAGUAUCCCAUAACACAAGUCUCGAACUUUCUUUGGGGCUAGCUCAAUCUGUGUGAUUUGUCCUGAUAUAUUUAUUUAUUUAACUGCUUAUUUAAAUACAGCCUUUACUCAAUAACUUGGAACGCCACAUAUAUGUAUGCUUAUAUAUUUUAUGCAGGCUUUUUAAAUGAACUUUACAAUCAACCACAGAUUUAAGAACAUUUGUAAUGUUUUGAUAUCUGUGCAACCAACUUAAAUCUUCGUAUAAUGAUCCAGUGGCAUUGGUAUGAAUUAUCACAAUGAUCUUAAAUAUACCUAUUUUAUCUAGAGCAUACAUACUUUUUACAAUUUUCUGACCGUCAUCUACCCUAUUGAGGAUGGGAGUAGUUUGUUUUAUUGUAAUGAACACAAAAAAUGUGAUUUACUUAUGAUUUUAUUGUAAAAUUAUUUUAGAAUUAAGAAAAUGUAAUAACUCGUUCCGUCCAGUUUAAGUAAGGACUAGAUUUUAAUCAAAGAUCUCAUUAUUAUAGCAUGUUUCACCACUUGCUGAUAAAGUAUCUGAUUGGCAUUGGAUAGGGAUAAAAAACACGGUUAAACAUUUUCCUCUCUUACUCCCUCCGGACGCGAAGUUCUACUGGUAGUAAGACUUGAUAGUAAGAGGUAAAGUUAACUUCAGGUAGAAGGCUUAUCUAGCAGUUAGUUUAUCGUCAGAUUACAAUAAAAUAUUACCAUAGUUCGUAAUCUAAGAUAUUUUAUCAGAAGUGGCUUUAGUGUUUUUUUGUACAUAAAUAUAUCGAAUAAAAUCAUAGUUGAAGUUGUUUUUUUUCCUGCUUUGCAGAAUUAACCUACUACUUAGGAAAUUCACGCGGGCGAAGCCGUCGGAACCAAUAAGAGCCCACCAAUAAAGGUGAAAGUUUGUUACUUCUUAACGCUCAAACAACGGCUGGGCCAAUUUUCUUUUCUUCCGAAAGUAUUCCCGUAGGAAGUCAAUGGCGCUUUAUAAAGUAGAUGGCGCUACUGUGCAUAAAAACGUAUUUCUUAAAACAUAAUUAAACGACAACACAGCGUGGUUAUAAAAUAAAAAAAUCCUUCAUUAAAAUAAACAAAUUUAUUAACAAACUAACAGUACAUACCUAAAUUGUUACAUUGUGUUUGGUAAUGGCCGCCCAAUUUUAAUACAUUUAAUUCAGCUUAAAGCUUUCUUUGACAAUCGCUUGAUUAUUUCUUCUUGGCUCCAACGUUCGACAAAACGAUGUUGCCAACUUCCAGGUUGAGAAUAACACGGUACAGUAAAAAAAAAGGAAAUAAAAAACAUAUGUUUUAAUUGACACAAGCGCCCGAUUUUUAGAUCGAUGUUCGCAUCAACUUUUAUCAAGGUUCAACGGUAUUUUCAAUUGAAAAAUUUUCACAAGUCUAUUCGAUUGUGAUUCUCUGAGCAGGAACUGUCUUAAACCUUCGAAAAAAUAUAAUUGCUUUAAUUGAAGCAAUUUUAGUCACUAAAUAGGUCCGUAAACAUUCAUUUUUGGAUGAAUCUUAAAAUAAUUUAAUUAUGGGUUCGAUUAGACAAGAAUAUAGAUCAAUAUUGUAACAUCACAAUAGUAUUUAGCUUAACUAUGAUUUGCAAAACAGAGACAGAAAAUUAUCGACAUCGAAACCGACUUCUUUAUUUGUCACCCAUUUAAAAAUCCUACAAGUAUUGUCGUAUGAUUAAAACAAUUUUUGUAUUCUGUUGAUAAUUAUGACAUAUCUAGUAUCAGAGGAAUAGCCUAUUAUACAAAGAUGGUCAAAUAUAUUUUGUUAUAGAACAUCACACAACAUAAAUGUCAGAAAUAAAUGACAAUGACAACAAUACAACUAUAAAAUCACAUAACUUAUAUGAUGAUUUCUCUGACAUCCGCGUGAGGGCGCUACUAGUAAGCAAAAAAUGCCGAUAACCUAAUAUAACAUCAGUCGAUUCAACAGCUUUUUGUAUUGGAAUAUCUGCAACCAUUUUGAUAUUUUCUAUAACGUUUUAAUCAAAAAGACUACAUGUCAAUGCGUUUGAUACAAUGGCAUAAUACAAUCUGACAAGAAUAAAUAUCGGCGCGCGGUAAAAAAGCGAACUAAUAAUCUAAGCUAUUAAAUUCUCAUUUAGAACGUAAGUGGCGCCACCAAAAUCCAUAAUGUCAGAGUGUAAGUUAUACACAACUUUGUGUGUAACACGCCUCAAUAUUAUCUACAGGUCAUAGCACACUUGUAACCCACAGCUGCCAAUAAGCAAGAUGAGGUUCAUUGAAAAGUGAGCUUUAUAGCGUCUGCCGUAGACUCACUUUACAUUGACGAGACAGACAGCAUACGUUAACGUCUUUGCAACCGUAUACGGGUCACCUUUUGAGACUUUUUGAGAAUGCGAUACUAUUAUAUAUUUUCUUGAACGUCCCAAUGUCGUUACUCAGGGAACACCGAAGCGGUAGAACCGUAGUGUCAGUAGUACCAUUGACCAGUACUACUGAUUGUACUACUAAUGGUACUACUGAUGGUACUACUGAUGGUACUACUGAUGGUACUACUGAUCCUUAUUAGUGUUGGUAGUACUACCGACACCACAUAAGGUCAGUAGAUGGAACUACUAUUACUAUAGUAGUAUUACUAGUCGGUAGUACUAUUUAAUAGUAAUACUACCAGUACUACCAUUAAAUACUACAAUUAAUGACCAGACACCCACCAACUGUGAGUAGUACCACCAAUGGGUCUGGUAAGUGAUGCAACAGACACUGCGCGAUAGAAGCGUGCCAUGAUAUGAUAUGAAGGUAAACAUUAAACGAAUGAGAUAAAAGAGUUACAUGUGUUUUUUUUUUUU